AAUAAGUCCAUCCGUGAAAUUUUCUUGCUACUAAAUAUUCCAUGGUCAACUGUUUGUGGUAUUAUAACAAAGUGGAAGCAACUGGGAACAACAGCAACUAGGCCACUAAGUGGUAGGCCAUGUAAAAUGACAGAGCUGGGUCAGCACAUGCUGAAGUUCACAGUGUGCAUAAGUCGCCAACUUUCUGCAGAGUCAAUAGCUAAAAAGCUCCAAACUUUGUGUGGCCUUCAGAGAGCUUCGUGGAAUGGGUUUCAAUGCAGCUGCAUCCAAGCCUUACAUAACCAAGUGCAAUGCAAAGUGUCGGAUGCAGUGGUGGUGUAAAGCGCGCUACCACUGGACUCUAG